GAGCAUGAAAUAGGAAAAGAAUAUUGUACAAAUAGAAAAGCAGCAAAUAAAAGAUAUCGACGCUAACGUGGCAUAUCGUUGGUUUCACUCGGACACGUGUCAGUUCGUUAAAAAGCCCUAGUCCACGGACAGAGAAACCCCUUCAUUCCGCCAUAGCUGGUCGUUCCUCUCUCGAUCGAGCAAUUUGGGGAUUUGGAAGCCCAGCCGCGAUUGAGCGAUCGACUGGAUCGGAUGGAUCAAAAAGUGGAGAGAUGGAGAUGGAAGUGACGGCGAUCGACGCGCUUUUGAUGAAGGGAUGAAUGGGCGCAAGCGCCUCUCUGAAAAAACCCAUGGCCACUGGAAAGGAGGAGGACGAGGGGGAAGAAGAGGAGGAAGAGGAGGAGGAUCAAGAAGAAGAAGACCCUGGGCAGGGAAGCUAUGGCACCCGGCAGCGGCGGCGAUCCUACUGCACCGCCCAGCACCAGCGGCGCCACCAAAUGGAUCAAACACCCAUGGAUUCCCUGCUGUGGAGCACACUCCCAGAGCAUCUCCUGGAGAGGGUCUUGCUUCGGCUACCCCUGCCGAGCCUCCUCAAAUUCCGGACCGUAUGCCGGGCCUGGAGAUCCCUUCUUUGCUCCGACGGAUUCCUGGAAUCUUACAGCUCCAUCUCGCCGCAGGGCCCCUGGUUCUUCAUGUUCACAAACCAUGACUACAAGGACGGCUCCACAUUCAACCCGAUAUCCAACACGUGGCACCACAUCCCACUGCCCAGUUUUCCGGUGAACGAGCGCUACAUCCCGGUGGCCGCCGCCGGCGGCCUCAUUUGCUUCUGCGCCUCCACCGACGGCCAGAAAAACUUCGCGGUGUGCAACCUCAUCACCGCCACCUGGCGCAAGCUCCCGCCAAUGAACAACAACCCGACCUAUCUAGAGACGGUCGGCAUGGUGGUGGACAAGGGGACCGGCCUCUACAAAGUCGUGGUGGCGGGGAACCACGAGAUCUCAGUGGACGACAUCACCACCGAGGUCUACGAGUCCGGGCUCGACACGUGGCGGAUGACGAGCAGCAUGCCGCGCGGUGCGGACCCGCUGCUCGGUACCAUCACUUGCAACGGCGUUCUCUACUCGUGGUGCUGCGACCCCGACGGGCUUGUCGCCUACGACACGUACAAGGACACGUGGAGCCUCAUCCAGACGCCCACGCCGGAUUCCCUGGUGAGCAACACGAUCCUGGAAUCCCGGGGCAGGAUCAUGAUGGUGGGCGGGCUCCAGGAGGGGAAUAUUACCAGCGCGAUAUGCGUGUGGCUGCUCAACGUGGAGAGGAUGGAGUGGGUGGAGGUGGACAAGAUGCCGGAAUCUUUGUGCCAGGAGUUUUUGGGAGAUCGUACGUAUUUUAUGUGCGUAGGGACCAACGAUGUGGUGCUGCUCUACAUUGGUGGCGGGCUGAGGGAUAUGCCGAUGCUCCUGUACGACCUAGCCGAGCGGCAGUGGAGUAGGGUUCCGGACUGUACGUUACCGGACGAGCGGCUCAUCGAUGGGCUCAUCGAUGGGAUAUCCUUUGAGCCCAGGCUCGACAUCCUUGUCUAA